AUGUUCGAAAGGACACUCCAAGAUCUCAUCCGAGGUCUUCGGGCCCACAAGGCAUCCUCAAAGGCUCAGGAAGAUGCGUUCAUCGCCGAAGCUAUGGUAGAGAUUCGAGAGGAGCUGAGAGGGAAAGAUAUGGCUCUGAAAGCUGAGGGUGUAUUGAAGAUUUGUUAUCUCAUGAUGUUAUAUCCCAUACCUGCACCUCCGGAAUUUGCAUUUCAUGUGGUGGAAGUGAUGAGUUCGCCUAGGUAUCACCUAAAACAAAUCGGUUAUCUAGCUGCUCCUAUGGCUUUCUCGGGUGAUACAGAAGAAGUGGUAUUAACUGUUAAUGGUAUAAAGAAGGACCUAAUGUCACCUCACGUCCCCCUUCCUCCACUACCUCUGACUGCUCUCCCACACUUACUGUCCCUCUCUCCCUCCUUAUCCACAACCCUCCAUCCAGAUUUACUACAUCUCCUGACCCACUCUUCUCCGCGUAUACGUAAAAGAGCGGUAUUAUGCCUCUUACCAUGCUGGGAAGCUUUCCCUGAAGGUCUGAGAGAAGGCUUCCCAAGAUUGAGAGAGAGACUACAGGAUUCCGACCAAGGUGUCGUAGGUGCUACAGUUGGGGUGGUAAUGGAAUUAGCAAGGAGGCAAGGUGGAAAGAAUUAUCUGCCGUUGGCUCCUGAGUUGUUUGGGAUUUUGACGGGUAGUACGAAUAAUUGGAUGUUGAUUAAAGUUGUCAAGUUGUUCGCCAUCCUUACACCCCUCGAACCUAGACUAGUCCGUAAAUUGUUACCACCAAUUACAUCACUCAUCUCAUCGACAUCGGCAAUAUCGUUAUUAUACGAGUGUGUGCGAACAUGCAUAGUAGGAGGAAUGUUAGAUCCAGAUAGAGCAGAGGGUGAAGCUUUGGCUAGAGUGUGUGUUGAGAAGCUAGGUGGUUAUCUAAGAGAUGAAGGUGGUGAUCAGAAUUUACGAUACAUCGCGUUACUGGCUAUGGUCAAGAUCAUACCUACUCAUCCAUCUAUGGUUGCAGAAUAUCAAGAUGAGAUAAUGGAGAGUCUAGAUGAUCCUGAUGUAUCUAUACGUAUGAGAGCUUUGGAAUUGGUCACGUCUAUGGUCGAUAGGGAUAAUCUGCAGACCAUAGCAGAUCAGCUUCUAUCCCAUCUUGCUCCUCCGGAAAGUAAUACUUCAACGUUACCCUCCGCGGUAGCAUCUUUAACGGCGAUUGCCAAUCAACUUUCACCCACUGCAUCUAAAGAUCCAGCAACCACAUCAACUUCAGUGUCACUCUCUCCAGCAUACCGACUCCUUCUGACGCAGAAACUGCUGUCAAUCAUAUCAUACGAUACGUACGUGAACGUGACGGAUUUCGAAUGGGUGAUAUCUGUUUUGAUAGAUGUCGCGUAUGUGAGUCACGUAGAUGCUGGACAAGAGAUCAAAAGGCUCGUAUUGGAUGUUGUGGGGAGGGUGAAGAGUGUUAGACAGUAUGCUGUAGGUGUGCUAGAGAAAGUUUUGGCAGACGAAGAUUUGAGAGACAGAGGGAGAGAUGGCAGUGGUGAGGAUGGACUGAUCGAAGCUGCGAUAUGGGUUUGUGGGGAAUAUUCAAGUUAUCUGUCAUCGCCUUUAAGUGCAAUCUCCUCAACACUAUCUCCAACGCUCCAUUUAUCCUCUUCAUCUCUCAUUUCCUUCUCUCUCCAUGCAGCAGCCAAGAUAUUCGGGCACUACGCUGCAUCGAUUUCCUCAUCAUGGUCUUCCGACAAACACGAAGAGUGUAAAGCACUAGUCACAUCAAUCAAAUCGGGCUUGGAGCCGUUCAUAUCUACAGGCGAUAUAGAAGUACAAGAAAGGGCCUUUGAAAUCACUCAGUUGUUGAAUUUCGUUCAAGCGGACCUAACCAAUCACGUACCGCCCUCAAAAACCAUAUCAUCGGCAUCGCCUAUGAGUGAUAUACCAGAAAUAGAGGGUGGUUUUGCCGACUCUGAUCUACCUAAAGAUGGAAAUCCACCAUAUCCCAAAUCGUUAUUUUUGUUCGAACCGCUUUUCACGUCCCAUGAGUUGAACGCAGUAGCCUAUAAGGCUCAGGAAGUUGUACGUAUACCGGACGAACUGAAUUUGGAUUUGGAGAUUGUACCUCAAAGUGGAUUUGGUGAUUUGUCAGAUGAAGAUGAAGGAAGUGAAGAAGAGAAGCCUGCGAUCGAUUUAGGUGAAGGUGGGGGAGAGGGAAUGGAGGAGCUGAGGAGGGUGCUGAGAGAACAGGAGAAGAAAGGAAAAAGAAGAGAGGGGGAGACGAAAGAGGAGAGAGCUAAGCGUCGCGCGGCAAGAAAAGCAAAACAUAGAGAUGAUCCUUAUUACCUGUAUGACAAGAAUGAAGAUGCUCAAGAAGAUGAUAUGGAUGAAAUCCCAAUUGUCAAAUUGGAUGAUUCGGAAUUGGCCCUACAAGAUCCGACAUCAACAAGUACCAAAUCUAAGAGCAAAAGUAGGACUAAAGAGAAGCAGAAGAAAGAAAAGGCACCUCCACCUGAAUUCGACAGGACAGGUGAAUUACCUGAAGGAUCGACAUCAACGAAUAUACAACAGAACACCAAGAAAGAGAUUGAUAAUGUUGAUCAGGCUAGUGAGAGAUUAGCAGGUAUCGAUCUUACUGCUAACACAAGUACCUCGAAUGGAGGAUCGAGUGGUAGAUUCGAAGAAUACAAAGAAGCGGAUGAGGAUGAAUCGAGGAAGAACGAUGAUCUACCUGCUACGCCUACUGCUGAGAUCGAGGUUGUUAAAGUGAAGAGGAAGAAGAAGGGCGAUAAGAAAAGGAAGGAGAAGGGCGUGGAAGGGUGA